AUGGCUUGGAGUAACCUUGCAAGUGCAAGAGACGUACGUCGUGGACCCCGCUGAAUAUGGUGGCAAUGUUUAUUUUAGAAGACAAUCCAAAACCAUAAUAAAAAUCGUUUUGCACAAAAGUUGGGCUUUCCAUCCGGUUUCCAGCUAAAGUUAAACAAUUUCUGAUUCACUCAAACAGCAUCAAAAUAAGUUGAAAACUUAUAGAAUAUAGGAUAUUUAUGCUAUUUCAUAUCCUGUUCGGAACAAAUUCACAAAAAACAAGAAAACCGUAUGCUCUUCCGAAAGGUUUCUAUAAAACAAAAUAAUUUUUUCUCAGUUUAUGCGCACCUGUAAUUUACGCUUAGCGGAUAAAAUUAAUUAGAUCCUGAAGUUUUCAACUAGUUUUGCUGCUGUUUGAGUGAAUCAGGAAUUGUUUAACCUUAGCUGGAAACUGUGUGAAAAGCCCAACUUUCGUAAAACAUGAUUUUCAUUAUGCUUUUGUGUUUUUUCUUCGAAAAUAUACAGAAUCAUUAUAGUUUCUUCUCUAUCUUUCUAAUAGCUAGUGAGCCUAUUAUUCUAUUGAUAAGUGUGUGCUCUUACCGAAGAUUUUAUCCAGAUAAAAAAAAUGAAACUUUUGAAUUAUUUCGUAAAAGAAUAAAAAAUAAAAAAAAACAAUAAAAAAAAAGAUAUAAACGCAGAAAAUGGCAAAGAUAAUUUUUUUCAAUAUAAGACACAAGUGAAAUAUGUUCUAUAUCAACAUGCCAUACAAUGUAUAUGAUUAGAUCGUUUGACAUGAGUAAAUUCUCUUAUUUUAUUUUAUUUAAUAUUAAUAAUCAAUUAACAAAAAACUAGUGACGUCUCGUAUUUCGAUGAGAUACUCCGUCAGACAGUAAGUUUAAUACAAAUGACUUAACAUACAAUAACUUACGAAGUCUGAUUUGUUCUUAUUUUACUUAUAAGUUAUUGUAUGUUAAGUCAUUUGUAUUAAAUUUACUGUCUGAUGAAGUAUCUCAUCGAGACACGAAACGUCACUAAUUUUUUAUUAAUUGAUUAUUAAUAUUAAAUAAAAUAAAAUAAAAUAAGAGAAUUUACUCAUGUCAAAUAUCAAUUCAACCUUCUUAUCGUGACAUGAAUGAUUAGAUCGUGUUUGGAUAGCUCAGUGGUAGACAUUGUGGUACACUCCUGGUUUUAUUUUUCCGAAUGUUGGUUUCAAAAUUCUGUAAAAUUAUCAAUGAUCUAGACUGUAUCCACACUAAACAGGCAUAUACUUUUGUCCAAUACUUUAGCUCACUUUUCUAUUAAAUGUAGGUGCUGUCAAUAUAACGAAAAAAUAUAUUCAUUGACAAGAUUUACUUGUCAUGUAUUAGAUAAAAGAAAUGGGCAGAGUGUUGUAGCCAAUCAUUAUUCGUCGGACAAUGUUUUGACAGAUGACCAAAAUUGUCUCCAUUUGAGUAUCCACCAACAAUCAAAAGUUUGAUAUGACUAAAUCUCAGUCCUAUUUAACUUAAAGCUCAAUUAAUUUUAGUGAGCGAUCAGCAGAUAAAAGUUCUGGAUUUUAUUUGCUUAGUUCUCCAAUGAAUAUUUUUGAAGAUUGUGGCACAGAGACUGUUCUCAAAGCUACAUGAAUAGAAAAAACUUUAACAUUAAGGUAGUCUUGACGUCUUAAGGGGGGGGGCGCCCCCCCCGGGGGGGGGGGGGGGGGGGGGGGGGGGGGGG